CGGACGCCGUGCCGUGCUGUGUUGUUGUGAGGCAAGACGAGCGACCCUCUCGCGGCCGCCAUUGAAGUUACCGCAAGGCUGAUGUUCCGAGUGCGAGUGCGAGCUGUGUGAGUCAAGACAGAACGGUCAGCCGCAAGCCGAGCAGCAGUCAUUCCCGUGUGGAACCAGAUUUUCUCUGUGCCCUGUGCAAUUUAAGCCGUCAAACUGAGGGAGGCAUCGCUCGGAAUCACCAUGGAGAAGAGGGUGCAGUUGGAAAUGAGAACGAUGAAGCCAGAUCAGAUUGAAGAGCUGAUCUUGGAUAACUGUCGGAGCACAACUAUUGUUGGAUUAACAGAUGACUUCGUCAAUUUGGAAACCUUAUCUCUCAUAAACGUUGGCCUUACCAGCUUGAAAGGAUUCCCUAAACUUCCCAACCUUAAAAAGCUUGAAUUGAGUGACAACAGAAUUUCUGGUGGCCUGAAUCUUCUUCACACAAGUCCCAAAUUGUCACAUCUUAAUCUCUCAGGAAACAAAAUCGCCAGUCUUGAAGCAUUAGAGCCAUUGAAAGAAUUCAAAAACCUUAAGAGCCUUGACCUUUUCAAUAAUGAGGCCACCACAAUCAGUAAUUACAGAGAACUCAUAUUUGACCUCAUUCCCAGCCUCAAGUUCUUGGAUGGGUUUGAUGCCGAAGAUAGAGAAGCAGAGGACAGUGAGAAUGAGGAUGAGGAAGUUAAUGGCAAUGAAGAUGACAGCGAAGAAGGUGAAGAUGAGGAUGAUGAGGGGCUAGAAGAUGAAGAGGAGGAGGAUAUAGAAGAUGAUGACGACGUUGGUCUGGAUGCUGUUUACAAAGAGAAUUUGGAUGAAGAAAGUGAUGGCGAUGACUACGAAGGAGAGGCAGGAGAAGAGGAAGACGACGAUGUCUUAGAUGAAGAGGAGGAGGAUGGAGAAGAUGGCGCCGAGGAUGGUGCUGAGGCUGAGGGGGCCGAAGAUGAAGAAGAAGCAGCUGCAGAAGAAGAGUCACAAACUCGAGGUAAAAAGAGAAAGCAUGAAGGUGAAGAAGUCAAUUAGAGGUUGGAGCAUCAGGUUUGGUGACCUGGUUUUUUGCUGAACCGACCAAUGUUAAUGGGACAAUGCUGUGGUUGUAUGGUGCCUUGCUGUACACGAAGGGCUCUGCCUUUCCAAGUUAAGUUGUUUUAAUGUCUUGGCGUGAGUUAAAAGCAGCAAUAUGUUGGCAAUCACGUAGCAAAUGUUUGUCAAAGCUUUAACACCUCAAGACCAUAGGCUCUGCCUACGGGAGUACAAAGAAACAACCUCUAUCAAGGUUGCUUUUAUGAAUUAAAUUUGUUAGUGCGUCAAUGCUUUUAUGUUUCCUGCACCAAAUAUUUAAUAUGUGACUUCUCUAGACUGGCAAUGCAAUUUUUUUUGUAGACUGUAUGUACAUGGGAUGUGAGAAAGUGCAUCUGACGAUUUGUUGUGAGUGACUUAAGAAUGAGUCUAUCGUGUAGUAUAAUAAAAAUUGUCCCUUCCACUGUGGUUGGUGAUUUGCAUGCACUUGUACUUUUUUGUAAGAUUAUUUGGAGCAGGAUGUGGCAUGAUGCUCUGUGAUGUGUGAGCAAAAUAUUUGUUCGCUCCUUGUUAAACUUGUGUGCUGGCCAGACUUGAAGGCUCAGUUGGUUUCCCCCGACUUCCAGAAAACGUCUUGUCUGGAAUUUUUUUUUUAUCUUUUUUUAACUGUCAUUCAGUUGCAUCUCAUUUUUUGAUUACUGUAUCAAAGCAUUCUUGUAUAAAAUAUAUUAAUUCAUUGAAAUAAUGGAGGGUGGUGAGAAUAGGCUGUGUUGUCUUUUAAAAAUUAUUUGAUAUUGUCUAGGAUCAAAUCCUAUCUUGUUAGUUCUUGGAACACUGGUUUGUUCUGGCCAUUCUCACCAUCCUCGUCAGCUAUGUAAGUAAGGCGUUGUUUAGCUGGCCAUGGAGCAUGUGUUGGAUUUUGUGCUGUAAGGUCAUUGAUAUUAUGUCAUAAAGCUGAAAAUGCAGCUCCUACCUGUUUGACCCAUCACAUGCAGUUUUGAUGACUGCUCCAUGAAAUGUACUUGGCAGUUGUUGAAGUAAAUUUUUAUAAAAAGCUGAUUAUAAAA